AUGCGGGCCUCGCCACAAGUACCGUAUUUGGAUUACAAACCUCGAUACGACGGCGGUGGGUUUGACGCCUUUCCCUCGCGAUGCGGAAUCGACACGGACAAACUACAACGAGGCGACCUCGGGGCGCAUACGAUCGACAGCAUCAUACCGUUUUUGCAGGAGUGGCUCUUCUUCGGCCUAUUGCAAGAAGUCUUCGAGGUCGCCCACGUUCAAUUUCGGCGGGAAGACUUCGUGGCCAAGGCCACCGCCAUACCGGGCCAAUACCGGAUAUCUACAGCAAACUUACCAAAAUACCUCUGGUCGUGGACUGCUAAUACUGUUUGGGUUCGGGACAAUUUUGGCGAAUUCGAUCACCAGAAGAGGAGGGUUGAAGAGGUCCUGAAGCUGAGCAACUUGUGCCUCAACGCCGUCAUUCGUCUCCAGGCCGCGCAGAGAGGGACGGAACCUGCUACCGGCCCUGUGUUGCUCUCUCUUGCAAUCGUGGGAGAAUCUUUAGACUCAGAGCGAGACACAGUAUUUCUCUCCCAGCGUGAGGAGUUCUACGGCACUUUAACAUGGGAGACCCCCGAAUUCUGCAGAAAGCUCCUCCUGGAGGCUGGAUGUUGCAUUGGCGAAGUCAACGCUCUCCGCAGGGACUUCCCGAGCGUGUCGUCCCUUUAUUAUCUGGCCACGUGGGAUCGUUCUGCAUCCAAAGCGGACCACUCUCAAUGUGCAGAGACGUGUCUCGCACGUCAGAUUGACGAGAAGACGUAUGCGACGAAACACACAGGCGAAGGCUGUUCCUGCCAUCAUCUUCCAAUCGACAUGACAGCCAUCUUCAACAUCGUGGACCAAGGGCAGAUUCCGCUUAUCUUGUUCUCUAAUGGAAAAGUUCGAGUUCAACAAUCACCCUCAGGCAACAUUGAUGAAGAUACACGUCCAGUCCCGUAUGUUGCCAUUUCUCAUGUGUGGUCAGAUGGCCUAGGCAACACGAAAGCGAAUACGCUGCCGCGGUGCCAGCUUGAGAAAAUCCAGCAGCUUGUCAAUGCGCUAUAUCAAGGAGUUUACGGACAUAGGAACGAAGUCCCGUUUUGGAUGGACACCCUCUGCGUGCCGCUGGAAUCAAUUUAUCGAAAGAAGGCUAUCCGGGCAAUGUCCGAGGUAUACAUGCGUGCUGAGAAGGUCCUGGUUCUGGAUGCUUCCCUGCAGAUUAUCGACGUCCGAGCACCCAUCCAUGAACGCAUGAUGCGCGUCGUUACUGCGCCAUGGGCGACACGGUUGUGGACAUUUCAGGAGGGGGUUCUGGCGGAGCAGCUCCAUUUCCAAUUCUGCGGUGGCACCAUCCGGCCGACUGCGCUGGAGGCAAGGUCGCAAACCGAGGGCAAAAGCCAUAUCGCCCUCGCCAACUUUCUCUGCCGUAACAAGUCCGCUCCAGAGCUACCAGGAGAGUCAACCCUCCUGAGGCUAGAGAUUGGGAACGACAUGAACACACUCUUCCGCUCCCUGCGCGGGAACUUUUCAAGCCCCGUCUACCUCUCUGGGGUGAAGGCGAUGAUGAAGAUUCUCGGCGGCCACCACCUUCGCGACAUGAGCCCGUUCCCGAACCUUCACUCUCUACAACUUCCUUCCUCGGUCGGCAUCCGCACUACGAGCAAGGCCGAGGACGAGACCCUGUGCCUCGCGGGAGUUCUGGGGCUCGACGUCCAGCCACUCCUAGACUGCGAUAAAGCCGACCGGAUGAAAACAUUCGUGUCGCUCCUGGACACCAUUCCACCAGAUCUGAUCUUUGCGCCGGGCCCCAGGUUGCAGGACGCCGGAUACGGGUGGGCGGCGACGUCUUUCUUGGGCGCUAUCCACGAGCCAUUGACGCAGCUCAUACAAGCUUCUCGGCUCCUUCAGCCAGGCCUGCUACAGGCCCGGGGCCUGAGGGUCGUGCUGCCUGGGCUGAGGGUGAGGAAGUCGGUACUGCCGGAGAGCGAUGUCGUGUUCGCAUUUGACGGAUAUUCACGGAUGAAGCUCCAACUCACGCCAGGAGGUCGGUGGAGCACGUACAACGGAUCAGACGGUCUGAUGGUGAUGAUGUCACAAUAUACAGAAAGGGGCGCCGUGGUGCUGUUAGAAGAGAGGCUGGAGGGGACAUGGUAUGUGAAAUUCCAGGAGCUGCUUACGGUUGAGGUCUACGAGAGUGUAUUCGAGCCAUCCGUAUCUGCGGAGGAGCCGGAUGAUGACACUGUAUGGUGCGUCAAUUGAAUAAGUCGAAGAGAUGUUGUCUUCUAAAUGUCAGCAACCCAAUAUCAACGGGAAUCGAUGAUUCGGAUAUGGUAGCACUUAUACCCUUCCAAGCUUCAUGCUCUCGGUUGAUGUCAACUGCAGCGGUAUGCAAAGGUCACGGUCAAAAACUGGCAAGAAAACAUAUCACCUGAAGAUGGCUAUUUACAGUCAAAAACCAAGUGGUUGAAGAAUUGUUAAUCUGCGGUACCGGCUCUGGACCGGUGCGCCAUUGUUCAGGUUCCAUUGUUACAUUCGGCCAGCGGA